ACAUAUAUUUAUUUAAUUUAUUUAAAUAUAUAUAUAUAUCAAGUGGAUGCACCAUGAAAUUUUCUACUAAUACUAAUAGCAAUUAGCUAUGAAGCUGUCAUAAAAGACCAAAUUAAAUUCUGUGGGGAUUUUUGAAGUAGUUAUCUAUCUUUAUCUUAAUUAUUUGCAAAAAAAUGGAUAUUAGCUAUCUUGGAAACCCUAAUGCUUCAAACCCUUAUCAUCACUAUAAUAAGAAUAAUAAUAUAGCUCCUUCUUCUUCAUCUGAUUUCAUUAACUUUUCUGAUUAUCUUGUGCUUGAUGAUGUUGUUUUUGUUGAUAACAAUAAUAAUAUUAAUAAUCAAGAGUAUUACUCAUCAUGGUCACAAAGUUCAGAAACUGAACAAUCAUCAGAUAAGGCAGCUUCUAGUUCCACCACCACCACCGCCGCCGAUGUUGUCAUUAAUCAAGGAUUAAUCAGUGAUGAAACCUCUAUCAACAACAAUAACACAACCACGACCACGACGAUAAAGCGCAAAACUGGAGGGAUUAAAGAAAAUACAGUAGAAGUGAGCCCAAGAAUCACGUUUAGAACGCGAUCGCAGCUUGAGAUUAUGGAUGAUGGAUACAAAUGGAGGAAGUAUGGAAAGAAGUCAGUCAAGAAUAGUCCAAACCCAAGGAACUACUACAAGUGUUCAGGUGAAAGAUGUGGAGUGAAGAAAAGAGUGGAAAGGGAUAGGGAAGACUCAAGCUACGUGCUAACAACUUAUGAAGGUGUUCACAAUCAUGAGUCCCCGUGUACUUCAUACUACACUAGUCCAGUGUCUUCUAAUUUGGUCUAUUCCGAUCAAUGGACUUCUGCAAACUCAUCAUCUUCUAAUUAAUUAACUCUUAUAAUUAUAUAUAGAUUGUAUACCAUAUUAUUAUACGUAAGUAUAUAUGUAUACUAGCUGGCUACACUUACUAAAAUGUUGGGAAGUCGGAUCGAGUUUGCAAUUAAGUUGCAUCGGCUAUUAUAUACCGCCAUGCUCUUAAUUGUGUGGUAUCUGUCCGGGAGAUUUUGCAAUUCAUGUUGUCUUUUGUGUUUAGCUCUGGCUUUUCUGUCUAUUUUAGCUUCAAGGAUUGGAGUUGUAUGCGGUUAAAAAAUAGUGACAGGAGUGUACUCGGCAUAUAUAUUGGACGGUCUAAAAUUUAAGCUCGAAUUUUCUAUUUAUAUAUAGUUAAAAUUCGACUACAAAAUUUGAACCUUCUAAUUUUGAUCGAACGGUUCAAUGUUCUGACUGCUUGCAUGCAUGCAGUCAGACUUCACUGAAUCCAAAUCCUAGCUUCACCUUCUAGCUAGUCCUCUUUGUAUAGGUGGUCAUGGUCUUGCUUUGUUUUCGUGGCUCCUGCCACUUACAUGUUGUUGCAGACUUAUAGUGGUUCCUUGUAUAUAUUUUUUCCUCUCUUUUUCGGAUAUAUCUUGUUUUAUUGAAUAUCGUUAAUUUUGGUGGGUCUCAAU